AUGCUUCUCCAGGUCAAACUGGUGUUCCCUCUCACCGGUGUGCUUCACCAAAUGACUCACUGGACGAGCCUAUUAGUGCUGGCGUGCGUCGCCAGAGAUCUUCUAGCACUGACUGUAACUGACCCAUCAAUGUUUACACCUGGACUCACAAAGCGACUCAAAUUGUACGCAAUGAAAGUUGCUGAAGAGAGAGGCGUCGAUAAGGAUCAUCUCGUUGACUUCACUGGAGGAAUUGCCUAUAUGCUCAUCGAUCUUAAGGCCACCAUGAUGUUAUUUAGUGCGGCGAACCGGAAGUCUCUCCUUGCAGAAAUCAAAGAAUUAAUAGAAUCCAAAGAUUUCAAGUCGGGUCUUCAGAACCGCCUCACGGCUUGUGUGUUAUCACCUAAUCUCACUGCAUACGUCAACGACACACUUGAACAUGUCAUGGAAUUUAUCAAGAAAAACAGCGAGAUAUUCAAGGUCCCGCUGUUCCUCUUUGAAGACAUUGAGCUCACCGCGCAAUUAUCGACACUUGUCAGUGAAGCACUUUCGUGCAUUCGCGGCAAUGUAAAGGCUAAGCUGAUGUCGUCAAUCAUAAAACGCUCGAGUAUCAUAGAUACCGCAAGAUCACUGGCUCAUGGUUGCCUAGAGGUUGAUGCAUCGCAUUGGAAUAGAUACGCGUUUUUGCGGCGCUGCCUGCGCAUUUUUCUUAUCGGCACUGGUAACUACAAGACCAUUCCUCUACAGGAUAUUUAUUCUCCAUCCCUCCUUCCGUCCCUCCACCGAGACCUUCGUGUCAAAUUGAAGGUGGUGGCCAAGUUGAUGAGAAUGGCGCAGACUGGCAUGGGAGGCGUUGAAGGUAGCAUGAAUGGUGCAAAUGCUGAAGAUGGCGGAACUGAUCUUAAUAUCAACCACGAUGGCCCGGGAGAUGGUGACGAGGAUGAGCCUGAGAGAGAUUUGUCUGGUGUGGCAGAGAAGGAGAAGUACGAACUUGACCCCAAUGACUCGGGAUUCGGGGGCAACUGGAAAGCGCACCAUUUUCACAUCAAGCAAGUUUUGGAGGUUCGUGGAUGCCUCGCUUGA